CACUCAUCUCUGCAGCCGACUCGAUCAAACGAUCCGUCCAUCCAUAACCACCGUCCUUAAGUAUUAUACUCUUCAUCAUCAUGAGAUCCUUAACCGUAUGCCUGUUGGUAGGUCUGCUGGCUGGAGCUUUGGCCGCACCGAGGCUGAGGAGACAGGCCGAUGGAGAGAAGUCACCUGAACUAGAGGCUGAAAAGAAACAAGAGGCCAUACCGCAAACAGAACAACCCGUUCAACCUGAAGAACCUUUCCAAGAGAAAAAACCCGCUGAAGAGGUAAAAGCCGAAGAAGUGAAACCUGUGGAGGAAGUGAAAGCAGAAGAAUCAAAACCCGCAGAGGAAGUGAAAGCAGAAGUAUCAAAACCUGCAGAGGAAGUGAAAGUUGAAGAAGUAAAAGCAGAAGAGCCAAAACCUGCAGAGAAAGUGAAAGUUGAGGAAGUAAAAGCAGAAGAGCCAAAACCUGCAGAGGAAGUGAAAGAAGAAGCAUCAGCUCGUGAAGAAGUUCAAGAAGAACAGGAAGUAAAGAAAGUUGAAGAGAAGGAACAACAACAGCAGCAGGAAGUACAAUCCCAGCAGCAAGAGCAAGUAAAAUCUGAGCAACAAGAGCAAGACAAAGAACAGCAACAGAGCCAAGAACCUCAGGUUGAAGUAAAAGCACAAGAACAAGCACAAAAAGAAGACUCUGUAAGAGAUGUUGUUCAAGAUGAAGUUCAGAAGGAACAGGAGAAACCAAAAGAAGAACAGGCUGAAGUCCAGAAGGAGGAAGUUAAAGCUGAAGAACCAGAACUUGAGAAGCAAGCUUUGGAAUCUAACCAAGAACAGCAAGAAAUCGGAGAGCACAUUGAGGUGGCAGGACGUAGCGCUGAUGACGAAGAAGUAAAGGUAUCUUCUGAAGUACCAAAAGUCGAAGAACCAAAAGUCGAAGAACCAAAACCUGAGGAACCAAAGUCCGAAUCUCCAAAAGAAGAAUUGAAAGCUGAAGAACCGAAACCCGAGGAAGCAAAGGUAGAAGAACAUAAAGCUGACGAAGUUUCAGUUUCUGAAGCUUCAUCUCCACAACCUUCAUCUGUUGCCCCUGAAGUGGUAUCGAUAGAGAAAAAAGAACCAGAAGCACCCGUAGUCGAAGAGAAGGCACCAGUAUCCGAAGAAGCCCCAAAGUCAGCGGAAGCAGCCCCAGCGGCGAAGGAGUGAAUGGGGUCCGCAUCCCCACUACUCGUAGGAGCUCCAUCCUCGAACCCGGAAUGCUGCGUAGAGGAGGGAAGUCUCCUAAAAAUGUCCUCUAUUUAUGACGUCCAAGUCCUCGAACUGUCUUGUCAAUCAAUGUUAAAGGCUGUCGAACUGUCUGUUAUUUUAAACGCGAGAAAGAGGGGGAAGGGGUGAGGGGAGCAGCGAGCGGCCGAGCUGGUUCUGUGGCUGUCCGGAGCUCCCCUGGACGAAGUCCCCCCUGGGCGCGAUGAGGUGUCGGAAAACGCCCUGGGAAUGGAUCCUCGAGUGAGAGGAAUCCAGUGUUUUAUCGUUAUAAACUCUAUAAUAUAGAGAAAAAUAAAAGUUUUCGUAACUGUAA